AAUAUGCUCAGUGGGGGCAUGCAAAACAAAGAUGCUUAUCCAGACUAAUUUACACACAUUUUUUACUACCAGCAUGACAUGUUAUGAAGUUUGAUGUUUCUACUUCCACUAUUGGGUGGCGGUGACCCUUGUCUUCUCUUCCUUUUUGCUUCACCUCUUGAGCAUCAUGAAAUGACCUUUUCUUUUCUUUCUUUCCUUUUUUUUUUUUUUUUGUUUUCUUUGGGGCUUACAGUGAAAUAGGCAUUUAUAUCCCUUGCCUUUAGUGCAUGUUAUAUGUGUUCCCCCACUUUUAGUUCCAUACUAUACUCCAUUGCUGAUUAAUUAAAUUUCAUUCUCACAUGAAAGUUCCCUCCUUCCAAGCCUUUUUAUCGAAGGUAGAAUAGAUCCCGUCUUCUUUUAGUUCAUCACAUGACACGAUCUCUAUUUGGGUUCUUGAGUACCUUUUUUUCUCUACAUUUUAAUCAGCGAUCUAUACAUGAAAAUAGGUCAUCAAUCAUAAUAAUGUCUUUUCUUUUUCAUAAGUUUCUUUUGGGUUGCUCUAUCUUCUGAGCUUUUUUGCCUUUCCCAACAAAAUCUGACCUUUGUUCAGUCUAUAAUGCAUGCUGCUGGUGUGCCAUAAAGUGGUGUUUUUUAGGUAUAUAUUUAAAUAUAAAGAGAUAGAGGGGUUAGCUUCUUUGAUUUGUUUUGAUUUCUAUUGGUAGGGAAGAAAAAUAUUCUUUUGUAAAAAUGGGCAAGCUCAGUUUUGGCAAGGUAUUGGAUUGCCUUUGUCUUACCUCAGGUACAAGCUCAUGCUUCUGCAUGAAUUCUUUGGAAAGUGAAAAUGAAAUUGAGAAAACACCUCUGAUAGCAAGUGAAAAAGGCCACGGACAGGUCCUGAGAUUGAAAGAUGUUGUUUCUGGUAAUCAAACAUUGGCAUUUCAACUAAAACCCAAGAUGGUGGUGCUAAGGGUGUCUAUGCACUGCAUUGGCUGUGCAAGGAAGGUUGAGAAACAUGUUUCAAAGUUGGAAGGAGUGACUUCGUACAAAGUAGACCUAGAAAGCAAAAUGGUGGUUGUAAUUGGAGACAUAAUUCCUUUUCAAGUGCUAGAAAGUGUCUCCAAGGUGAAAAAUGCUGAGCUUUGGAAUUCUCCAUCCUGAUCAUUUUGUUUGUAUCCAUACAUGAUUCCACCUCAUGAAUACCACUACAUAUAUGAUAUGUGUAUCCUUAUUAUUUAUACAUAAAUAUUCUUUUGCUGUUUAUUUUUAUUUAUAAUAGCUUAUUAUAAUAUAUAUACCUUGUAUGAUACACAUGCCAAGUCUCCCAUCUUUUCUGUCUAAAUUAGUUACUUAUUCCAUCUGUUGCAUUUUUCUUUUAGCUUUGUUUUGUUAUGGGUGCAACUAAUGCUCAAGGCCAUUAACAUUUUCCUAAUUUAUAUCAGGGUUGAGAUUUGUUU